GGGGGGAUGAUGAGGAACCUUAUACUGCUGGCUAUCUUUGGAGUAUACCUGCAGGUGGUGAAAGGCACCCCAAGAUGCCCACUAUAUGGCUCUAUAGCAGCUUGCACCACAGUCUCUACAUCCGGUCCCUCUGCUGCCUCCAUACAUUACCUUUGUGUAUAUGAGUGUAAACUACAUCAGUGAGAUCAAUGAGACAUCCUUCUCUGGGCUUGAAGGGUUAAAGGAACUGGACCUCAGUUGGCAAUGAGUAAAUGGGCUUAUUAUAAGAACUAACACGUUUCAAAGGCUGGCAAACUUGGUAAAGCUCUAUUUAGGACAUAACUCAGGUUUACAGAUCGAACCAGAUGGGUUUGUGGGACUGUCUAACCUGAGAACUCUCUCUCUAUAUAAUUGUGAGCUGACUGAAUCUGUAUUAGAGGGCGACUAUCUCAGACCCCUGGUCUCCUUGGAAAUGCUAGAUCUGUAUGGUAACCAGAUGAAAAUAAUCCAACCUGCACUGUUCUUUGUGAACAUGAUAGAUUUCCAAGAGCUAAAUGUUACCCUAAACAGGAUGACAUGCAUAUGUGAGGAAGAUUUGCUUGGCUUUCAAGGCAAACAAUUUUGGCUCCUUGACUUGAGCAGCAUCCAACUGAAUAGCAUGACUCAGUAUGGCUUUGACUGGAAAAUAUGCGGAAAUCCCUUACGGAACAUGUCCAUGGAGAUACUUGACUUAUCGUCCAAUGGAUUCAAUGUGGACAAGGCAAAACUGUUUUUCAAUGCAAUCCGAGGGACCAAAAUUCACCAUCUUAUUCUAAAACACAGCACCAUGGGAAAAUAA